CGGAGCUGCAGGGCGGCGGCGGGAGCGCGGGGCGCCGGGGAAGUUCGCGCGGGCAGCAUGGGGCGGUGACGCCGCACCGGCCUGGCGACAGCGGGCGGCGGCGGCGGAGGAUGCGCCCUCACCGACGGCUCCUCCCGGGCCGGGGCCGCGGGUGCCUUGCAGAGCGAGGAGUAGCUUGCUGGCUUUGAACGCGUGGCAGAUAUUUCAGAAAGCUUCGAGAUCAAGCUGGAGAAGGGAAGAGUUAUUCCUCCACAUUCGCCUGCUUCAACUACUCUUCUUAUUGGGAAUGGACAAUGGAAUGUUCUCUAGUUUUAUCAUGAUCAAAAACCUCCUUCUCUUUUGUAUUUCCGUGAACUUAUCCAGUCACUUUGGCUUUUCACAGAUGCCAACCAGUUCAGUGAAAGAUGAGACCAAUGACAACAUCACCAUAUUCACCAGGAUCUUGGACGGGCUCCUGGAUGGCUACGACAACAGACUUCGGCCGGGCCUGGGAGAGCGCAUCACUCAGGUGAGGACGGACAUCUACGUCACCAGCUUCGGCCCUGUGUCCGACACGGAAAUGGAGUACACCAUAGAUGUGUUUUUCCGGCAAAGCUGGAAAGACGAAAGGCUCCGGUUCAAGGGUCCGAUGCAGCGCCUCCCUCUCAACAACCUCCUCGCCAGCAAGAUCUGGACCCCCGACACGUUCUUCCACAACGGGAAGAAGUCCAUCGCGCACAACAUGACCACGCCCAACAAGCUGCUACGGCUGGAGGACGAUGGCACCCUGCUCUACACCAUGCGCUUGACCAUCUCCGCAGAGUGCCCCAUGCAGCUCGAGGACUUCCCAAUGGAUGCGCACGCUUGCCCUCUGAAAUUUGGCAGCUAUGCCUACCCUAAUUCUGAAGUCGUCUAUGUCUGGACCAACGGCUCCACCAAGUCUGUGGUGGUGGCAGAAGACGGCUCCAGACUGAACCAGUACCACCUGAUGGGGCAGACGGUGGGCACCGAGAACAUCAGCACCAGCACAGGCGAAUACACAGUCAUGACAGCUCACUUCCACCUGAAAAGGAAGAUUGGCUACUUCGUCAUCCAGACCUACCUUCCCUGCAUCAUGACCGUGAUCUUAUCCCAGGUGUCCUUUUGGCUGAACCGGGAGUCGGUCCCAGCCAGGACAGUUUUUGGGGUCACCACGGUGCUGACCAUGACGACCCUCAGCAUCAGCGCCCGGAACUCUCUGCCCAAAGUGGCCUACGCCACCGCCAUGGACUGGUUCAUAGCCGUGUGCUACGCCUUCGUCUUCUCCGCACUGAUAGAGUUUGCCACGGUCAAUUACUUUACCAAGAGAGGCUGGGCCUGGGAUGGCAAAAAGGCCUUGGAAGCAGCCAAGAUCAAGAAGUAACUCCUGCCUCUUGAGGGACGACCUGUCUGGUUUGAAUUGUGGAAUCUGUUCCUCCGUGCGUUUUAUACCAUUUCACCGUGCUGGGUGUCCUCUUCAGGUGGCCUUCGGGUCGAGAACGGGGCAUCGACUUAAUGGAAGGAGUUUAUCAGCGAAGCACACCCAGCCCCACUCAAUACGUGACUUAACCCCCUUACAUCAGGCAGUUGUUGCUAAAGCGUUACUCUGUUCUAAGCAGAUAACCAUCGAGGAUUUAAAGGGUGAUUUAUGCCCAAAUCUUAAGAACAUUUGAAGAAAAAAAAUUGACCAAGAUUCCAAGCUGCGCUGGUCCCUUGGGGAGACGAGAAUAAGGUACAUCCACAGUAAAUAAAGCAGCAUGUGAUGAACUGCUAAUUACACCAGGCAGAAAACAAAUGCGCUGACCUCUGCCGAGAGAACAGGAGGUCCGAGCCGUCAGGGUGACCGGAAAGUAAAAUGUAAUCUGUCCUUUGGAAAAUCAGCAUGCAGGGAGUCCUGGAAGCCAUUACAGAGGCCCUGAAGUGUAGGUCCUGAGCUCCCAACCAGGGGCCACAAGCCAGGUACAGCACAGCCAGAGGCCCUGGCUCCACCCAGAGACCAGGUUCCAUCCCUUCCACAGCCCUGUGCUUGCUCUGAGGGCUUGACUCUGCCUUUAGGAGUUCUGGCCUGACCUCGCCCAUCGGCCUCUGGCUUCCUCCAACUGCCAGGAGCCCCUCCCCUGCUGCAGCUUCACAAUAGGAGCCCCACUUCCAAGCCUAGAUCCCUGGCUGGAGGAAGUCCUGAAGGGGCCCAUUCUGGGUGCUCUCAUGGAGGGAGGAAGGGCCUUGGCUGCGGGCAUGCUUUGGGGGCUGGGAGGAUCUACAGGAGUGGUCUGACCACACUGGGUGAGAGGGACUGGGGAGCUGGGAGCAGGGUAUUCUCAGAUGAUGGAGGUUCUCGGCCAAAGCGUUUGAACUUGUUCCUGCAGACCGGGGGUCAGAGAAGGUGCUGUGCAGGGAGAAAGGAGAAUGGAUUCUGGGGAGACAGGGAUUCCCAACACCCAGCGAUGUGUCGCUGAGAGGUGCGCGUUUGCAGCCUGCCUGGGACUUAGAUGGUGCCUGAUGGAUAGCGGGCUGGAGCCCAGUCUGAAGUCAGGGGGCAGCCAGAGUCCCUGGCAGUCCCUGAGGCUGUCGGGCUCACGCCUGUGAGUCUAGGAGGAGCGUGAGGCGCCGGGUGAAUGGAGAGAGCACACUCCAUGUCAGGUGUUGUUGAGUGUUGCCUUCACUGUCAGUCACCACGACCGCUCUGCCUCCUGCAGCCCUAAUCUAAUCGCCAUUCGGAACGGAGGCUUGGAGGGAGGAGAGAGGGUGAAGGGGAUGUGCAUUGUCUAAUCUGACAUGAGCAAAGGGUCUUCUAGAAUAAGCCGCGUGCCUUGGGCUGGCUUGUGGAACCCCAAGACCCUCUUGUUCCGGGGAAGGCAGUGGUGCUGGGGUUCCACCCCUGUUGUCAGGAAGGCUCUGUGCGCCGGAAACUGUGGUGCAUCUGCUGGCAUGCAGGUGGCACACCCCGCGGUCAGACACUCGCCUCGAGCGUGGAUCCGCCAGCCUGCUGUCAGCCUACUCAAGUCAACUCUUCCAUGGAAGUAGAGAGGACUUUAAAAACAUGGACAGACUGUGUUCACCAUUGUUCCAAGUUGGGAUCUCCAGAGCAAACAUUGGCUCAGAGUUUGGGGUGUAAGGCAGUUUUCAGGGGUGGCCGUUUGGGAAAGGAAAGAGGAGGCAGUGAGAUUCAGAGAGGAAGAAAGUGAAGCAUGAUGCAAGCCCAGCAGAGCACAGGCUAACCCGCCGGGGAGCGUGGAGCAGACGUCCAGUGGAGUUGCCCGGUGUCAGGGACAUGGGCAGGGCUUUAGACUCCUGCCUCGCUGCCCACCAGAUGCGGCUGGUUUCCUCAGGAAGGGCAUGACCGGCCAGGCAGCCCUGGGCAGCUCAAGCUGCCAGAAGAGCCAGCACCCGGCCACACUGCCAGGAACACGUCCUUCCUUCGAGGCAGAUGGAUUCGGGGGUGCGUGUCCAUGUCUACCACAAGCCCUGUGACUAUGCUGAGUCCCAGGCAGGUACUCCCCGCCACCCACCCACACCCACACCCCUACUGCACAUUCCUUCCCAGUAAAAACCCACACUCUCAGUGCAGAGAGUAGCUUCUAAAGGGCCUUCCCUUCACUUGGUUCCACCCAGAGCUAGAACCAUUCUCAGCAGUCACAUGCAUUUGUGGUUUUCUUCUGGCGGAUCCGCAUGAGUGCUCACGUAAUGAUGGGGAAGGCGGGGUUGGCAAAACGAGGGUCCUCGUGCCCCUGCCCCUGGCCUGGUGUUGGUUCACCUGUUUCCCUGGCUCCGGCUCCAUGCUUGGCCUCUCUGCUUUUUAUCUUUCCCUUAUUCUUAACAGUUGAUUCGUCUUCUUUCCGAUCUUGUGUUUUUCAAGUUUUAGUUAAUGAGGCUAUAUUACUUUAGUUUUUCUAACAUUUUAUUAUGCACCUUUUUAAAUGUAUAGCAAUGCUUGAAGAGGUUUCCAGUGAAAACCUGUCUGCUGUUAACAUUUACCUUUGCCUGUGCCGUUACCACCUGUCACCUCUCUCUCUAUCCGUUCAUCAAUAAGCCCAUCUUCAAUCCAUCUUAUUUCAUUAUUGUUAUUAUUUUUGUUUUUAAUCAGUCUCGGUAUACUGUGAAAAAUUGCCAGUGCCGACUGUAUUUCAAGUUGUCAUGGCAGGGUAUUGGGAAAAGUUUUCAAUUAGCAAUAACCGUGCCUCGGAUAAACCUCAUUGGCUCCGAUACUGCCACUGAGCAAAGCUUAUUGUUAUGUUUUUGAGAUGGAGAUUCACUCUUGUUGCCCAGCUGGGGAGCAGUGGCGCGAUCUCAGAUCACCACAAUCUCUGCCUCCUGGGUUCAAGCAAUUCUCCUACCUCAGCCUCCUGGGUAGUUGGGAUUACAGACACGCACCACCACGCCCA